AUGUCCAAAUUACUGAACUUAAACCCUGUUAAAAGAUCUUCCGAUGUUACAGCUUUGAGGCACUUGUAUGAUGAAUGUGAGAUCCAGAUACGCAGUUUGGAGUCACUUGGAGUCCAGAGUGACACGUACGGCUGCCUGCUUUGUCCAGUGCUACUGCAGCUCAUUCCGGAGGACAUCGUACUCGCCUACACCCGCCAACCAAACGCGACCAACGAAUGGAAGGUGCCAGAGUUGAUUCAGUUUCUACAAAAUGAGGUGCAAAGCAGAGAACGAGCGCUUCAGCUUACAAGACCAGGCCAUGCAUCGAAGGAUCCGAGCCCACAACACAAGAAUGUGGGUAAGCCAUCCUACGCCUGCGAUAAACCCAGAAAGUGGAGUGUCCCGUCAGCGACCGCCUUGCACACCGCCAGUGCCGUGCCCCGGACCUGUGUGUAUUGUGACAGUAGCGACCACAAACCAGAGAACUGUUCCGACCAUACAAUUUCCCUCGCAGAAAAGGAUAAAGAUGCUGUUAGGUUCCUGUGGAUGCAUGGACCUCCGACCAAAGACUGCAAGAAUGAGGAAGCUCUACAUGUGACAACAACAGCAAAAGACAUUCUCGCUCAGGCAGGCAUGGACCUCUGCAAAUGGGUUACCAACUCACCUGACCUGAGAGCCAUGUGGAAGGAGACUGGAGUAGAGUUGACUGGAGAUACAGAGUCCUGUGGAAAUGUGCUCAAAGUGCUAGGACUCGUUUGGAGACCAGAGAGAGAUGAUUUUGUGUUUGAUCAAAAGGGACUCAUUGACAUUUUACAGGACAAAGAAAACACAAAGAGAAGUGUUCUACAAACAUCGGCUCGCAUAUUUGACCCCAUUGGGUUUCUCACUCCCUUUACUAUCAGAGUGAAGUGCCUAUUCCAAGAAAUGUGGGAGAGAGGGCUCAGUUGGGAUGAACCAUUACCCAUUGAUUUGACUGAAAAAUGGGAACAGUGGUGUAUGGAGCUACCACUGCUCCACCUGGUGGCUAUUCCCAGGUGGUACCACAUUGAGAUCCAGCAAGAGUCACACAGGGUAAAGUUGCAUGUCUACUGUGACGCAAGUGAAAAGGCUUACAGUGCUGUGGCAUAUCUACAAGGAAAAAACAAACAAGGAGAGACUGUUACAAGCUUUGUGGCCUCUAAGUCGCGAGUCGCACCCCUAAAGAAAAUGACAUUACCUCGCCUGGAGCUUAUGGGUGCACUUAUUGGAGCAAGAUUAGGACAGUUUUCUCAAACCACUGAACAUGGAGAAGAGCCAACUUCAAAUGUGGACGGACUCGAUGAUCACUCUUCACUGGAUCCGCAGCUCAGCCCAGCGGUGGAAGCCCUUUGUGGCCAACAGAGUGACUGAAAUACAAGGGCUCACAAACCCGGAGACGUGGUCCCACUGUGCUGGUAAAAUGAAUCCUGCUGACUUACCUACACAAGGUCAGGAUGCACAGAGUCUUAUUGAGAGCCAGUUGUGGUGGAGGGGACCAGCUUCACUGUCCACAGCUGAAAAGGAGCUGGACAUUGAUGAUGACAAUGUGGUGAAUGAGGUAAACACUGAACU